CUCAUCUUUCGGUACGCUGGGAUCUCCUCCCUUUAUCUUCUUCAAGCAUCUAACCUAGAGAAAAUUAUUCCCUAAUGUCUACCUUCGAAGUCGUUGGACUUGUUUUGGGUGCUUUCUCGGGGGCAAUUGAAGCCUGCAGGUUGUUACGAGAGGCCUACAGGCGUAUCCAGAUUGCCCGCAGAAUUCGCAUUGAAUAUACAGAUUGUGAACAAACCCUGAAAUGCCAGAAGGCAGCAUUCCUAGGACGUCUCAGACGACUAUUGCUACCCCUACCUAGAGAUGAUAUACAAAUAAAUGACCUAUUAUCGGAUCCUGGAGGGAGUAUUUGGAAAGACAGGACAGUUGCAGACCACAUCGAAAGUCGCUUGGGUAAGGAAAAAUAUGAGCUAGUUAUGCACCAUAUUCAAAAGUUCCACUAUGUUAUAGAAAUACUCAGGGAGAUACUAAGAUUAGACUCGGCAUCAUUACAUGAUUAUCUCAUAAACCGCAACUCUUCGGCUCCGUAUUUAUCUAGAGAGUGGAUCGAUGCACAGAUAUAUACGGUUAGCUUUUGCAAUGGAGGAACUUCCCGAGCAGAACUAUUUGAGGAGCUUGAACAGCUCAAUACUCGGUUAGGGGAACUGUUAAGCGAAAUAGACGUUGAGACAGAGUAUGAGCGACUACUAACUAAUAACCCGGACAUAUGCGGGUUUUGGGUAAAUGCAGAUACGCUCUUCAAGACCAUCACGUUGGUAUGGGAUGAGUGCUGCAAAAAGGAGCAUCUAGCCAGGUUAUUACUGCAGCACAGAACUAGCCAGGAUACCGAUUUCAGUAUGUUUUUCAUUAAGCAGUCACCUUCAUCUUGGCUAUCGCAAGAAGCUCGAAUCACGCACAAUAGACGUAAAAUACAACAACAGCAUGAUACAGCACCUGUAGUUAAUAGAUCAUCGAAUGUCUCGUUCAGUCGUGACAACCUAAUUUCCUGUAUCUGUACUUCGCUCAGGCACGAGAACAGCGAGUAUUGUGGUUAUCUUGCAAGCAAAAACGGCCCGUACUACAUGUAUAAGGAAUCACAGCGUCAAGGACAAGAUCUCAAAAAUAUGACCAUAGACGAUAUCCUUCGCAGAGGAGCGGGACCAACGCCCAGUCGGCGACAACGAUACGUCCUUUCUCUUGUAUUAGCAUCUUCCUUUGUCCAGCUACAUGAGACGCCGUGGCUUCCAGCGUCCUGGAAAAAAUCAGAUAUCGUUUUCAUCGCUGAUGAGAACUCCGGUGUGGGUUUCCUAGAUCAACCUUGUCUGGAACGCGAGCUCGUGGCCACCGCUCCGGCUAAGGGUAAGGAAUACCAUCAAAUGUCUUCGCUGGCCGCAACUGGUAAUGGGAAAGUUGAAAAGGCAUACCGGUCUUUGGAGCUUCUAGGCAUAGUCCUUUUAGAGCUAUGCUUUGGCCAACUUCUUGAAGAACAGAAAUUUCGUCAGGCAUAUGAAACCCCUGGACUCACUGAAAUACAGAAGUAUGCAUUUGAUGCUGCUGCCGCCCGGCAGUGGAGCAGUCAAGUGAAGGACGAGGCAGGGCCUGAUUUUAAUGAGGCAGUCAGAUGGUGUCUCGAUGGGUGCCGCAUUACCCCGCCGGAGGAUUUGAGACGAGAAAUGUUACGACGGGUCAUCUGGCCUCUUGAAAGAUGCCACAAGUAUCUUUUCGAGAGACAGCAAGUGUGAGGGAAAACAUAGCCUUCUACAUGGCUACUAAUACAUGUACAGGAGAAAUCAGAAAUCUACCUUGGUUCAUAUAAAAAGCCUGACUACCUAGGUACCUAACUUAAGGCAUACAGAACACUAGGUCAUCUUGGGCCAGUACGGGAUUUCAUUAAACUCUUGUGUAAUUUAAUACAUUUAUUCAGAGGUUUCGCCCUAUCUAUCAAGGAUAUAUAUCUCACUAACUCCGGAACACAAAGUGGAAAAAGGCUCUUUGCAACAUAAGAGUAUCAUACGGGGGUUCUAACAGUGCCAUCUGAUCUUCAAGGUUAUAUAUUCUACUUAGUAUGUGAAUAAUAAUAAACCAG